UUCGAACGUCUGGUUCUUGGAGCUUGAAUCGAAAUCGAAUUUGUUUCGGCUAGAUUUUAUAAAUUUUCCUUCUUAAUUUUUGAGAAAAAAAAAUAUUUUGUAUUCAAUUCGUAUUCGUCUGAAUCUUUUUACUUUUUUUGCUUUGCCGGCUACUAGUCAUCCACACAAAAAUUCCUACUCAUUUGAUGCAUUUGUGUCCAAAGCUGUAAACUUUAUAUAACGAUAACUACAUAAUAAUAAUAAUAAUAAUAAUAAUAUACAUAAUAUAUGGUAUAUGUAUAGGAUUGUAAUUUUAAUGGAAUAGCCUUCCGAAUCGCGGCUAAGUAACAGUCUCCACUCGUUUGUAUGAAGUAUUUCAGUUAUUUUGGACAUGAAAGACAAUGCGGUUUGCUCCUAGUUUUAUACAAUCUAAACUCCAACCGGUCAUGAAUUUGGCUAAUCGUUAGGCAGUAAAUUCGCAAAUCUGUCCUACGUUAAUAGCUUCCACUCAUUAAACACUUAUAUAUCUAGUAGUUCCACCCGCAGCGAAGGUGAUGGCAUGGAGUCUCCAAUGAAGGCGGCAUGUGAGGUUCCGAUGCCAGUGUCUACUCAUCGGGCACCAAGGUUCGUCCCAAAAGAGCCAUAUAAAGCCGCCGUUGGCCUCAGUAAGCGUGAGCAUGAAAGGAACAAACUUCUACGUCAUGUCGAUCAACUUGAAAGAAAACUUGAAACGCUUCAUGAACAGUACAAGAUUCAGGUGGACGUUAAUGCGGAUUUAAAGAAGCUGCUGGUGGCCUCUCUCGGUGAAGAUAUGCAAGAGCGUGUUCAGUUUCUUACCGAAGAUAAAAACAGACUGGCGUCUGAAAUUGCCUUUUACACACAAAAGCUGCAAAAAGAUCUUGGCCACAUUGACGAGCUUAACAUAGAAGUGGACGUUUGGAGAACAAAGUACUUAGCCACGAGUCUUCUCGUCACGGAGCUAGCUACGGUGAAAGCUGAGCUUAUGAAGAAAUGUGACGACUUUGAAAAAGCCGUGGAAGGUAGCCGAAAAGAGCGAGCCGAAAUUACAGAUAAGAUCUUUAAGGCGUAUAAUAUUCUUCGGGAGGUUCAUUUCCAAGUUGAACUUCAGUCUUGCCCUAAACGCCGUCCCAGAGACCUAGUUGAAUGCAGUCACUGGGUGCUCCAGCUUGCUUCUGGGAUUGCGGCCAACUUUAAGCUCACUGUUCCAGUAACGAAUGAGGUCCUCGAUCAAACGUUGUCCGAAAAAACAUGUGAUAUUGCACUAAACCAGUACAGGAACCUGACUUCAGUGAUGGCUGCCCGGGCAUGUGUGCAGGUUGAUCAAGAUACACAGGAAGACAUGGUGAGAACAACCGGUGUGCCCACUUCGUUUGGGUGUCAAAAGUGUCGAGGAACCAUGGUGCAUGUAUAAUACUUGAGCCAAGUUAGGCCGUCGACCGACUGUGGGUUUUGUCAUAUACAACUAGUAAUAACAAUUUUUGCAGUAAAGGUUCAGGAUAAGGAAAAUCGGAUGGGAGUGCUGCCAUUUUUCUCAUUCAUACAAAGUCGACGUACUGUAAAGCAAUCAAAUAUUGCCCGCAAACUAUGGGCAAUAUGUUGUAUUCGUGCCAACACUGUCUGACUUUUGACGGUGAAUGACUGCGUCAAAUUUGGCAAUUAGGUUGGAGUAGUCUAUUGUGCUACACUGUGACCAACAUUGUAGAUAUAUGAAUGAAUGAGAUGUUUCCUCAGCGAUAGAAUUUCGAUUAGUUCAAUCGGAGCUGUUUCUAAACUCAACUUAAAGUUAAAUAAAAGUCCGCCGUUGAAUUCUUCUUAAUUAAAGCAGCGAAACGGUAUCUACCGGUUUUGCUGGACAUAAGGCGGUUCUAUUCAAAUAUUGAAAAUGUAGCAAUGAUUUGUUUAAAUUGUAUAAUAAAAGAGAAUUUUUUUGCAUAUCUAUAACCAUGUUGAUAAACGCCGUUAGCCGUUCCCAGAGUUAUAGCUGGCUGACACUUACAUUGGAGGACUGUACAUAUAUUGAGGGAUAGA